UAUUUUGUGGAAGACUGAUGCGAGAAACAGGUUGAUAGAGAAUUUUUUCCCAUCAGCACCAGCAGAAAAUUUGGCCAGCCAAGACUUCAAGUUUGGCACAUAUGUAAAUGUCAGUGAAGGGCUUUCUGAAGAGUCGGAGUUGUUGACCUUAAUUCAAGAUCAGCAGCAGCAACAGUACAGGAUGAAUUACUACCCAGGAGGCCUGGCGCCUACUGGCUAUGUAGCAGCUACAGACAAGCCAGGAUUGUAUGCAGCCUCCCCGUAUGCCACUAUGCCAACAGCCUAUGCAGCUGCCCAGCCUGGCAUCCCAGCAGGCAUGCAACGUUAUGCUUCCACACAGCACUAUGCCAUGGUGUCACAGCCCUCACCCUACACCUCCCCACAAGCUGCUGCUGCUUACUAUGCUUCCGCCGGCGCCUAUCCCACGAUGCCACUGUCUUCGCUACAAACGAUAUCGUCAUCUUCAGCCCAAGGAGCGUAUCUGUCGGGCCAGUACCCCACAGCCGUGAGUUUCCAGGCCGGCCAGCUGUGCCCGACGUCAGUGGCAGCGGCAGGCUAUGGGGGCAGUCCUCUGUAUGCUGCUAGCACCUACACAGGACUGCCUGCCAUGCCUGGCCAGCCAAGCAGAGCAUAUGGAGUGGCUCCAAUGGGAUACACAACCACUAAUAUUCCCUCAGCUUCCUCCCCAACCUACCCAGGCGUCACCUCUUUUGGGCCGCCUUACUGAGCUGGCUUGUACAUGUCUUUUGCACUUCUAGCCCAUCCCCUCCUUUCCCCCAAACUCCCCACCCCACCCCCCAAAAAAAAAAUUGUUGUUACCAAGUUUUGAGGAUGGUUAGUGGUGUGUGUUUGGUUAGCACAUUAUUGUCAGGAUGUGUAAGGGAAGGGUACAGUUGAUUCAGUUUUGAAGAUUUCUUUUAAAAGGGGGACAGAAACCACUGGGGUGUCAUUGAAAUUAUGGUGAGCCAAGUGACCAUUCUGUAUGUACCUGAGUAUUUGGUAGUUGGUUGCUUCCUCCUCACAGCCUUAGCUGUGAAUGUGAGAGAGAAAAAAAGCAAAACUAUGACACUUGAUACGUCCCCUCCCACCCCCAGCCAUUUGCCACCAUCCUCCUAACUAUGAGAUGACAACGUUUGUAUACAUUUGCUUUGUGGUGGAAAAGGAAUAUUGUAUCAUACUUAUGCAAACAGUCUGUUAGCCCAAUUCCUUUUUAUUGUAUUACAGAUGCUGGUUUAUUUUUAUUUGUAUUUUUUCCUGUUUACUAUUGAGCAAUGCCGUGUUCAUUGAUCUGAGACUGUUUGCAUAGGAUAUCGACACUGUGACACUCGACAUACAUGUAUGCAUAAUUUUGUAUUGUCUCCCACUUCUUUCCACUUCCACCCUUCUUUAAAUCUGCUAAUCCCUCAUUUUAUUUUUCUCUCAAGAUAGAGGGCAGAGUAGAUAUUACAUAUAUUUUUCUAUUUUAUUCCCCUUUCUCUAUUGCAUUCAGAUCAGACUAUUCAUAUUGCAGACAUUUUGAGUUUCUAAGUGAAUUUUUUUUCCAGCAAGUUUUUUUUUUUUAAAUCGAGACUUUACACAAAUGGGAGAUCUGUAUUUUGCGAGUGUAGAUUCUGUAUUUUUGUUUGUAAAUGCUGAAGUGUUUUUGAGUCAAGGUUUAAGUGGUAAGAGAAAAAUCACAAAUGAAUCAAGCUUUGUACACUAUUGUGGUGCCUUUGUCAGCCUGUGAACUAGGAGCUGAUGGGAGCAGAAGUUCAGUGUGGCUCAGUAACAUUUUUGUUUGCUUGCAAGGGCGAAUCUGAAAAAUGUUCAGACAGAACGUGUGUAGAAAGAUGGAAUUGUUUGAUUGAUUCAAAAAGAGGUUUUAAGAUUAUCUUGACAAGGAGUCUGGAAGGCUUGGUAGCAUCUCCUUGUUCUGCCUUAGCCGAUGUUUUCCAGUACCCCUUCUGCCACUUCCAAACUUUAAAAGUAUAAAUCAAUCCAAGGGUGAAGUGAACUGUGACAUGAACAUGAAUUUAGCUAAACUUUUUUUUUUUUAACUAAGUGCUUAAAACAUCCAUAAGGUGAGAGACAGGUACAGUAUGUUUUGGGCUUGUAUUCAAGAUAGCGUAUUGCAUUCAGUUUUGUUCUUCGGUUUAUAAUUAUCCUAGUGUUAGAUGCUUCACUAACUAAUAAUUUAAUCUGUAUAUUCUUUUUUUAGGUCACUUUUAACUGAAUUUUUAAGAUGGAUGAUAACUUUUGUACUUCAGUAGGCUAGGUUUGUUAAAUUGAUUGGCUGAAUACAUUUUCAACAAACACCGGCUUGAGUACCAAGGGAGGUCAUAGCUAAUUUCGGUAGUGAUUUGGUGAAGGAUACGUGGUGCAAUGCUUUAAAGGCUGUGUGACAUCGACAAGUACAUAGUUUUGUGCAUAAAUAUUUCCUUUUGUGACAAACCUAGCCAUGCUGGGGAAUAUGCGUUUCAUCCAGAUAGCAGGGUCGUACACAUUUUGAGGUUGAUAAAAACAUAAAGAAAUAUUGAAUCAGGGGCAGUUUUCAAGAAUUUUUUUCAAUUGUGAUAUUUAGAUCAUGUCUGACUUCCUGUGCUAGCAAACAGUGUCUGCAAAGUUCUCUUUUAACCCAAGGUUGCAAGGGUAGAGCUGCUAUUCUGUAGAUGUUUGUAUUUGUGUGUUAAAGUGAGUUUCCAAGGGUUACUUCUAUGCUAGCUAAUAAUUUCUUAAUUUUUGUGCAAAGAAAAAAAUCCAUUUGUAAUUAAAUGAAUCAAAGCUAGAUACAGCUUUUGAGGGAUCUGCAAAAGUAAAUCAUUUGAUAACUACAAUCAUUCAGCAUGGGGAGGGGUAAAUUAUCGACAGCCCUUUAAAUUUCCUUUGUCUUAGAGUCCAAAUUUAGUAGGCAACAUCAGCCCACUCUGACCAAGACAUGAUCUUUCCAUUUAAGGAAAUUUGUAGCAUUUUUCAUGCAAGUACAUUUUGGAUUGUGCACAAGGAUAUUUUUUACUUUGGGUUCUUUUCAAAUUGGAUGAAUUGCCAAGAAUUGCUCCAGAAAAAAAGUUUUUAUGGUUGCUCAGAUGCAUUGGCAUCACAGUGCAAAUGAUCUUUGUCAGAAACUAUUUUGGAUAAAAUUUCUGACCAUUUACAAUGUUUGAAGACAGUGAUGUAAGGCUACAAAAUUGGCAACAGGUUUACAAAUCAAUGUAACAUAGUUGAAUAUUCUAUAAGAGCAUUUGCGUCACAAAAAUGAAUAGUGGUGGUCUGUAAAAGUUUUAAAAUGUGGAUAUAUGGGUGUAUGCUUGAGAAGGGGAGCCUGAUUUGCUAAUUUCUUGUUAAAUACUUGCUGGCAAAGUAAUGGGGAUGAAGAAAGAAUAUUGUUGCUUUUCUGAUGGACCGCUCUGGUACUUGACAACAAUGCACUGCCUUAGCUUGCAGUACCUCAUUCCUCUUCAUUUAGAGCAUCCAUUGAGCUGGCAAGAUUGCUCACUUGAUCUUAGUUGCAAAGCAAGAGGGGAAUACAUUCUCUUCCAAAAGAACGUAAAAUAUGGCAGUGUGUUCAUUUGGGUAGAAGCCCAACUUGACAUAUCUGAUUUUUAAAAUUUUUGUCCCCAUGAAUGUCUGCUGUUCUUGACCAUGUCUUAUGCAAUCCCUCUGGCUAGAAUCCUUUGAAAAUGGUAUUUGGGAGAUGAAGUGUGAAAUGUGUGCCCUCGAUCUAUUUUUUUUUUCUUUUUUUAAAAGAACCCUCAUUUGCUUGACAGGAAUGCCUGUUCCCAUGGCCAGGGUGUUACCAAUGAACGAGCCAACUUUUGUUACUGUUCUUUUAAAACUUACUAUUGUUUCAACUUGGGAACAAGAAGUUUUGUCUCUUGCUUUUUGUCAUUUGAAAGAGGGGGAAUGGAAUUUGUUAGAGCUUCUUGUAGAACUGAAAUCUGCAGAAAUAAAUGCCCUUGCAUACAGAAAAA